UGUUUUGAAAGUUUCAUUCUUCUGAUGAGAACUAAAGACAGAGCAAACACACCGGAGGCUCCUCUGAGAAGCUGAAAACCUUCAUCUUCAACAUAAUGCCUCCCCUAUCCUCCUCCCCCCUCCUUCUCCUCAUCCUCCUCCUUUGUCCUGGGGUGUGGAGUUAUGAGGCUCCUGAAGAUAAGCAGGAUAUAUUUGCUAGAAGAGCCUGUCCUGCCUUCCUGACCUUCACAAAUGCUGCUUACCUGGCUGGAGUCACUUUAGAGCUGCCCUGCCACUGCAAACCAGAACAGGUCCAAACAGUCGUGUGGUUCUUCAGGAAACAUCUGGACAACUCCAAGGAGACCAGAGCCCUGACUGAUCACCAUGGCAACAAGCUGCUGGACCCUGGUAGUGUCCCACACAGCGGCGACCUGCGGAGUCGAUUCUCCAUCCGUCUGUUCAGCCUGCUGAUCUUCAGGGCGGCCCCCGAAGACUCUGGCAUCUAUAUCUGCGGCUCUACCCGCAAAGACUUCUUCUAUGGUUACGACCUGGACAUCCAGGAGGCACGCACGCUCAGCUCCACCCCAAGGCUCACUCCAGAAACCCCAAGCAAGAAAAGGAAAGAAGGAAAAAGACUCGGCUCUGCUCGGCCACUCUACCGGGUCUUCACCAGCUUCCGACCCUGGUCAGUCUGCGAUCGAUGUGGAGUACCAGGAGAGCAGGUUCGCGUCGGACUCUGCUACGUCCACUCCCACUUCCUCCAUGUACGCUACAGGCGGGCCAAUCAGACGGUCGCCUCGUGUGGCUCAGGGGCGGUGCCCGGAGCUUUCGGCCGGCUGAAGCGAAGCAGAGUCGGAGCCAAGCUGGAGGUCAAGAGCUGUGAAGUGACUUGUCCGACUCGAGCUCCUCCACCCUCCAAAAUCGUUGCUUUGAUGGCGUUUCUUGGGUACAAUUCCCUGCCAGUGGUGGUACCAGUGUUUUACUUGAACCACCCUGCGGACCGUGUCCUGACUCUGGGCUGUCCUGGGGCCCGACCUAACAUGGCCGUGGCCUGGGACAAAGGAUCCGAACCCAUCUACAGAUUUAAAUACUCAGCUGGUCGUAACCUCAGCACCACGCACCCCAGGCUGCUGAUAGACACCGGACACCACCUGGUGUUUAAACCUGCAAAGAUUCAGGACUCAGGUGUCUACUACUGCUGGCUGCAGGGUCAACAGGCCGCCGAGAUACGCCUGUUGGUCUACGCCCAUUUCGGACGGGGAUACUCGGUGAUGUCGCAUCCCGACUUUCCGGCAGCUGUCCAAACUGUGUUCAGGUCAUAUGCUGUCAUGAUGGCUGUAUUUUGCCUUCUGCUGUUUGGCAGAGCUGGAGUCAGACACCUGACAGACACUGGAGAGACACAUGUGGAUUAAACUCGUUGAAUGGUCU